AUGAGUCGGUGCUGCCAGGUAACGGAUCCCGACGAAGACGGCGGCACGAGGACUUCAGUGGUGCGUUGCAACCUUCUGGUGGCCUGCGACGCGCCGGACGUCGACCCCGGCCUGUUCAGGUGCAUCAACGGCAGCGGCCUCGUCUACGACGGUCGGCUGGUGGUGGACGCGCGGUUCAGGACCAACGACGACCGCAUCUACGCCGCCGGCUCCAUCGCCAAGUACUCGCGGGAGCUAGGGCGCACGGGGCUCCAACUGGGCAACUUCGACAGCAGGGAGGUGGGCCAGCGCCUGGCAGCGUCCGUGGCCGGGCGCCUCAGGGGAGAGACGGACGUCGGGACAUCUCUUCCGCGGAUGGAGGAGCCGAAGUCAGCGGAGUGCACACUGCCGGGAGGGUGGUAUUUCACUUACGCUGGCGUCCCUGAAGCUUACGAGAAGCCUUCCCUGCAGGAGUCCGAGGGCGGCAGGACGCUCUCCACGCAAACCCAGGGCGGCUACUUCCAACUCAGUAUCGGCGCCGACAGGCUCGUGCGCUCGUGCCUGCGCGUCGGCAGGCAGCCAUCGGCGCGCGACAUGCUGCGCCGCAUCGCGGGCCUGCCCGUGUCGUACCUCAACAACGUCGUCGAAAAGUACGACAGCGGCCAGGUGGCCGACUUGCUGGCGUUCCUGACCGAGGGCUGGGCGCAGGCCCUGUACCACGAUCACUUCCCGGUGCUCCGGCGGGAGCUGCAGGGCCAGGUGCGCCAGCUGCAGGGCGGGCAGGGGGGCGUCAACGAGGUGGCGGUGGCGGCUGUGGCCAGGGAGGCGGUGCACAAGUUCGUGCAGGCGCACGCGGCGGAGCUCACAGCUUACCGGGACGUGUCGCUGGCGUCGUGA